CAAGUUUUAUCACACAGUGUAAUAAAGUAAAAAGUAAUUACAAUUUUAAGUGUGACAACUUUUGCCUGCCACUGUUUCUCUUCAUGUGGCUCAACUUCUAUGAUAAUAAAGAUGAGAGACCACAAUUAAUAUCUAACAACGAUGCAACUCACAUUGGCGACAUUCACACAUCAUUGUUGUGUGCUCCACUCCUCAAAAAAAAAAAAAAAAAAAAAAAAAAAAAAAAAAAAACGUUGACACAAACGGCCGCGACAACACAACAGCUCCGAUGAUCUUGCUUUUGGGAUGAUUCCGCCGUUGCCUCAACCCCUAAGCCUCAAUAGAGCACGUUCGCUCUCACGCUGGCUGCGACAUAAAUUCAAACAACAACAAUGGAAUGGGCAAUCGCCCAACCAACAACAAAGAAUGCUCUGCAUGUAUCAGAGGUAGAAUCUGGCAAACAGUCUCUGAUCUGACGUUGGAUAUAUUUUCAUACGCGGAUACGCGGUGUUUUUCUUGUUUGAUGCGAGCGAGCAUAAAAACACAAAACAAACAACACAGAAAUAACAGCGAACCGAAUAGAAAAUAAUAAAAAAAAGAGGAAGAGUUUUCGGUUUAUUGAUGUAAUUUGUAAUGUUGUGACGUAAAAUGUAAACAAAUAGAUGUGACAACAACAGCAACAACAAUAAAGACAGCGAGAAAAUUUAUGCCAAAUUUAUUGAUGUUUAUUCGAAUCAGAUGUUUUGUGAUCAAUUCACACAUUGUCGAUGUGAAAAAAAAAAAUCUAAACAAAAAUCUAAAGUGGAAAUUUCGGAACUAAAAGUAAUAAUUAAUGAUAAAAACAAUAAAAAUUAACUGUGAUAAAUAAACAAUUUUAAACAAUUUGACAUUGUGUGCCAACUCAAACAAAAAAAGUGAGGUUAUAACCCCCCAACCUAUCAACCUUUCAACAACGCCCAUGUUUAUUUCGUAUUUGACUCUGGAUGAAAAUACCAUUGGCCAGGAACUACGCAAAUUGCAAAACUCAAAAAUGGCCACAACACCAGUUGUAAAAACUAACAACAACAACAAUAAAAGCAACACAACCACUGCUGCAAUAACAACAACAACAACUGCAGCCAUGGCUGCUUUAAUUAUAACAACAACAAAAACAAUGACUAAUAUGUCGACCCAAACCAGCAGCAGUGAUUUCUAUGCCAGCAGUAUCACCACCAUUCGGAGUAAAGAAACUAAUAACAACAGCAACAACAACAACAACAGCAUUGGCAAUAAUCACAACUUAAACUCCAAGGAAACCGAGAAAAGCAAUAACAAUAAUCAGGAAAAUGGCAGUCGGCAGAUUGCAGACAGCAACACCACCACCACCAAAACUACCACAACAACAACAAGUAUUUGCAUUACCUAUUGCAGCAGCAACAGUGAUGGCAACUCUAGCAGCAGCAGCAGUAGUAGUAGCAAUAGCAACAUUAGCAGCAGCAGCGACAGUCAUUCCGACAUUUACAACUUGGACCAUUUGUCGCUGUACAUGCAGGAUGAAACCGACGAGGAUGGCCUCUCCAGCUAUGAAGAAUCCAGUGACAUUGGCGAUCAUAAAGACCAGCCAAAAAGCCAUCUGCAGAGAAGAGAAAAUCAUCACCACCACCACCACCACCAUCGUCAUCAUCAUCACCAUCAUCAUGGCCAGCAUAUGCAUCAUCAUCUCUAUGCAAAUCCCGUGGAAAGUUCUGAUGACAAUGGUAACAAUACUUGUGAUUCAGUCUUCAGUGACUGUUCGAGACCACCCUCUCCCGUCCCACACUCAGAUUCAGAAAUUGGCCGCAGCACCCGAACGCCUUCCCCCUCGCCCGCCACCUUGUAUGCGACGAAUUCAAAUGAUUUGUUGACGCGACAAUUUCGUCGUUCCUCAAUUGGCAUGCAAAGGAAAUCGGCAUUUCGCCAAAGGAAAUUAGAUUCCUUGGGCGCCAUGAGACGUCAGCGACGGACUGGUCCAUCGUUGGGAACUCGGAGACCCAUACGAAUUGUACCCGAUUGGACGGAAAAUGCCAUACAAGGCGAACAUUAUUGGAAACCAACAUCGGUAUCGGGUGAUUUAUGCUGCCUCAAUGAAGAAUGCAUUAAAAGUGGACAACGCAUGAAAUGCUCGGCAUGCCAAUUAAUUGCGCAUCAAAACUGCAUUCCAUAUGUUAAUGAAAAGACUCAAUUAGCUUGUAAGCCAACGUAUCGGGAUGUCGGUGUACGGCAAUACAGGGAACAAUCGGUGACCCAUCAUCACUGGGUGCAUCGCAAAAUGGAAAAGGGCAAAUGUAAACAGUGUGGAAAGGCUGUGCAAGGCAAACUCUUUGGUUCCAAGGAAAUUGUUGCAUUAUCCUGUGCCUGGUGUCAUGAAGUCUAUCACAAUAAGGAAUCGUGUUUCAAUCAAUCGAAAAUUGGCGAAGAAUGUAAAAUGGGUAAUUAUGCCCCCAUCAUUGUGCCACCUUCAUGGAUCGUCAAAUUACCCACCAAGGGUAAUUUCAAAUCAUCGAUUCGUGUCAACAACAAGGGUCAACCGAAUGCCAAGGAUAAGAAAACCCGCGCGGCCAGUAAACGUGGCAAAAAGGAUGAAAAGAAGGAGCAACGAGCCUUCAUUGUCAAACCAAUACCAUCGACGGAGGUCAUCCCCGUCAUUGUGUAUAUUAAUCCGAAAUCGGGUGGAAAUCAAGGUGUAAAAUUAUUGGGAAAAUUCCAGCACAUCUUGAAUCCCCGGCAGGUGUUCGACUUGACGCAGGGUGGACCGAAAUUUGGCUUGGAAUUGUUCCGUAAAGCCCCCAAUUUGCGAAUCCUGGCCUGCGGUGGUGAUGGUACAGUCGGUUGGGUACUCUCCGUUUUGGAUCAGCUAAAUCCUCCCAUACAACCCCCGCCUGCUGUUGGUGUGCUACCUUUAGGUACAGGAAAUGAUUUGGCUCGGGCCCUGGGAUGGGGUGGUGGUUAUACCGACGAACCGAUUGGUAAAAUCCUCAAAGAAAUCGGUAUGUCACAAUGUGUGCUCAUGGACCGUUGGCGUCUGAAAGUCUCGCCCAACGAGGAUGUGCCCGAUGACAAUGUCGAUAAGAGUAAAGACAAUGUCCCUUUGAAUGUGAUCAAUAAUUACUUCUCCUUCGGCGUGGAUGCCCAUAUUGCCUUGGAAUUCCAUGAGGCACGUGAAGCCCAUCCGGAACGUUUCAAUUCUCGUCUACGUAAUAAAAUGUAUUACGGACAAAUGGGCGGUAAGGAUUUGAUAUUGCGUCAAUAUCGUAAUCUGUCACAAUGGGUGACAUUGGAAUGUGAUGGCCAAGACUAUACGGCCAAAUUGAAGGAUGCCGGUUGUCAUGCUGUGUUAUUCCUCAAUAUUCCAAGCUACGGCGGUGGCACUCAUCCUUGGAACGACUCAUUUGGUCAAUCAAAACCGGCCAUUGAUGAUGGUCUCAUCGAAGUUGUUGGCCUCACAACCUAUCAAUUGCCCAUGCUGCAGGCCGGUCUCCAUGGCACAUGCAUAUGCCAGUGCCGUACGGCACGUAUAACCACUAGAAAGACCAUACCGAUGCAAGUGGACGGGGAGGCGUGCCGGGUGAAACCCUCCAUCAUAGAAAUGGAAUUGUUGAAUAAGGCCAUUAUGUUGGCCAAACGUAAGAGUCGUCAUCCUGCCGAUGUCCAAGUAAAUCCCUUGGAAGUUUUGCAUUUGACCGUUUUACGCAUCACCAUGGACCAGUAUGAAAAGUAUCACUACGAAAAGGACAUGCUGCGGAAGUUGGCCAAUAAAUUGGGUAAAAUGGAAAUUGAGUCCCAAUGUGAUCUCGAACAUGUUAGAAAUAUACUGACACAGAAAUUUGAAGAGUCCAUACAAUAUCCGAAGGUGUCACAGGAUUGGUGUUUCAUUGAUUCCUGCACCGCCGAACAUUAUUUCCGCAUCGAUCGUGCCCAAGAGCAUCUCCAUUACAUUUGUGACAUUGCUGUCGACGAGCUGUACAUUUUGGAUCAUGAGGCAGCCACAAUGCCCCAGACGCCCGAUCAGGAGCGUUCAUUUGCCGCCUAUUCCCAGCGUCAGGCCCAAAACGAUAGCCGUCAAAUGGAUCAGCAGGGUACAGCAACCGAUGAUGACUUAACCAUUGGUUCGAGACCCAUUAAAGUCAUUAAAUUUAAGAGCCCACAUGAUCGUCUCUUCAGUUUCAAUGAAGAUGUAUUUGGUUAUGGAUUCAGUGCUAUAUUGGAGCAAACUUCCGAUGCCAUACUAUUAGCUGCUCAAAGUGGCGAUUUAUUGAUGUUACGUGCACUACAUGAACAAGGAUACUCAUUGCAAUCAGUUAAUCGCAGCGGACAAACUGCUUUACAUUUCGCUUGCAAAUAUAAUCAUAAGGAUAUUCUUAAAUAUAUUGUAUCGUGUGCAUCACGCCGCUUAAUUAAUAUCAAAGAUAGAGAAAUGGGACAAACAGCCUUGCAUGUAGCAGCCCAGCAUGGCAGACGCGAUCUGUGCGUAAUAUUAGUUGCAGUCGGAGCUAAUGUCGAGCUACGAGACAUGAAUGGGAAUACAGCGAUGAUGGUGGCAUUCAAUAAAAACUACACUGAAAUUGCCUCCUAUUUGGAAAGCCAAGAAAGAUUUUUACAUAUGGGAGAUAAUAUGAACUUGAAGAAAAAAUAAAUGAAGCAAAAAUUUCAUUAAUUUAAUAAAGCGUAAAAUAAAGAAAUAAAUCUUUUUUUUAAAUAAUAUUUAUGAUAAUUACAAUUCAUGAUCUUCUUUUGAAUAGUUGUUAAGUUAAAAAAAAAAACUAGAAUUUAGGGUAUAAAGGAAAUACUUCUUUAAAAACGAGGUUAACGGUCUAAUAAAAAUUAUAAAAACAAAAAAUUACUAAAUUCAAAAUUAAAGACAGAACUCCCAAUCUAUAUAUUUUCAAAUAAUUCUUUAAGAAUUUCCCUUAUUAAAAAAAGACCCAAAUUACAGUUGAAAAAAAUAUUUUUUGGAAACCAUUAUUGUGAUAUAAAAUUAAAAACAAAAAAACAAAAUAAUUGAAUAAAUAACAAUGAAAUGUAACUAAAAUUAUAAAGACAUAUAGGAUUUUAUUUUAUAAAAAAAAAUAAGAAAUAAUUAAUUUUCGAAUUUGACAUAUUUUUUGAUAAUAUGAGAUUAUCAGAGACUCUAAUUGAAAAAAUGUUUUUCUAAUUUUAAAUUGAAGGGUAACAUUAUAAAAUUAAUAUUACAAUAAAAAAAUUAAAUUAGUAAUAAAUUACAGAAAUUAAAAAUAUAUAUUUUAAUUUUGACAUUAUUUGACAUUCAUUCUAAGUUUUAAAUAAAAAAAUGUUUUUUUUUAAUCCGAAAAUUAAAAAAAAAAUAUGUUUAUUGUAUUAAAAAAUUAAUUUAUAUGGCAAGACAUCUUCCAAAAAGUUCUCAAAUUAAAAACGUAUAACAAAUCCUGCCAAAGUUAUAUUAAAUGCUGGAUAUUUCUGUCUAUAAAAAAUCUAAAGAGGUUCUAGAAGUAGAUUUUUGAACGAUUCUAAAUCUCCCACAAAAAUAUAUACAGAUUUCCUCAAAGUGGAGGCACACAUAUUUUACCUCUUCUGGUAAGAAGAUGAUUUUCUGUAAGAAUAGU